AAAGUUGAAAGAGAAGGAAUACUUUGGUGUUUAGGUUUUGAGGCCUUCCAACAUACGUCAGGAUGCUCCAAGCUCUUUAAGUAAUUUAUUAUCCGCGUCAAUUCUCCACUUCCUCCAAACUCUGUUCUUCAAUUACGUCUUUUAGCUUACAACUCAAUACCUCUUUCCUUCAUUUUCACCUUCGGCAUUUGAUCAUGGCGGCAAACGCUCACAAUAAUUUCAAUGCAAAACUCGUGUUGUUGGGGGACAUGGGAGCUGGUAAAUCAAGCUUGGUCAUACGAUUCGUUAAGGGCCAAUUCCUUGAAUUCCAAGAAUCGACGAUCGGAGCGGCUUUCUUUUCGUCUGCAGUUUCAGUUAACAAUUCUACGGUGAAGUUUGAGAUCUGGGAUACUGCUGGACAGGAGAGGUACCAUAGCUUAGCGCCUAUGUACUACCGGGGUGCUGCAGCUGCUAUCAUCGUAUAUGACAUCACCAGCGCUGAUUCAUUUGCACGGGCAAAGAAAUGGGUGCAAGAAUUGCAGAAGCAAGGUAAUCCCAAUAUGGUCAUGGCUCUUGCUGGCAACAAGGCUGAUCUAGAAGAUAAGAGGAAGGUGACUGCAGAUGAAGCAUGCUUGUACGCAGAGGAAAACGGCCUAUUUUUCAUGGAGACCUCUGCCAAAACUGCUGUUAAUGUCAACGAUAUAUUUUACGAAAUCGCUAAACGAUUGCCUAGAGCUCAACCUGAUCAAAAUCCAGCGGGAAUGGUACUUGUUGACAGAACAGCAGAAGGAUCACGAGCUGCAUCAUGCUGCAGUUAAGUAUUAUCAUCUCGAUCGCUCCAUUGAUUUCGUGAACUUCAGCCAUGUUUUCGAGACAUUUCUUGCUCUUCAUGUUGUGCUGGUAUGGGACUUGAUGACAGGAAAUGAAAGUCACGUUGUUUAUUGGGAGAUACACAGUAGAAUAUGUAUGUAAACUGUAUUUAAAAGCACCAUAUCUGAGGUGAUUGUCUCUUUUGUUCAUUUAUUCUGUAAAUAGUUGGAAUUUUCUAGGACCCCUUACCCCCACCCCAACCAACUUAUUUUUGACAAUUGGACGCUGUUACUCCCCAAGAAUUGGUUUAGGUGAAUAAGAUUUGCCCAAUUUAGUUGGAGCAUAAUAAUUUCAAAUGUUUAUUAUGGAUAUCAGUUUAAGGUUAAGAUGGUUGUAACAGAAGUGCAUCGCUUAAUAAGGGACUUGUCAAGAAAUAGAAAUGAAAAAGACAAUCAAUGUUAUGCAGGACAUAUCUUUACUUUAUGUGAAAGAAAAUUCUUGUUUAACAACUCAUUCGUCUAUUUUAGAGAUUAAAAGAAAAGGAAAACGAGUGGAGAAGUUAUUUGAGUAUUCACUUUAGUUCAUCUGGACCUAACAAAAUUUGGAUUGAAUUCAUUAAUGUGUUGACUAAAUUAAUUUUAAUAUGUAUAAGUCUGACCUAUUUUCCAUUUGACACUCUUUGAUUGGGGUGUACAUGGGUUGGUUUAAUUCGAUUUUUUAAGUUACUAACCCAAGUUAAUUAGAUUAGUUUUAAAAAAAUUAUAAGUCAAAUUAAAUCAAUAGAAAUCAAUUUUUUUUUGAUCUCAGACUUUUGAGAGUUUUUUCGACAAAAUCUCAAUAUAUCUUUUAUCCUAGCUUCUGAUACAAUAAUUUUUAUGUUAAAAUAUAAUGUUGUCAACGAUGAGAUGCAGAUGAAAUAGGAACAACCAGCUUUAGACUUUAGUUAAACUGCAGAGAGGCUACCUAAUUCCUACUAAUAUGUUCAGUCUCCAAGGGCAUUUAUACAUGUAUUUAUGCACGGAUACAUUAGAUACUUGAUAUUGGAUACAGUGAUACACUGGCGAAAUUGAUAUUAGAUACACAUAUACAUGAAAUUGUGAAACUUAAAUACAUUGUAAAACAAAAAUAUAGAGAUGUAGAGGGACGAAAGAGGCGAGCAAAACAAGAUACAUUUGCUAGAUAAAAUAUAUGUAGAGGCAAAUACAAUAUGUAACUAUUGAAACUAUGGAUGCAUUAACUAAUUAACACCUAUACUAGUGUGUUUUUACUCAUUAAAGUAUCGCUCUUUCAGAUAAAUAGAGAGGAUAUGUUUGUUGUGGACUUUUAGGCCCAUAACAUAACAUCAUUUCCCUUUAGGGUAUUUAAGGAAAUUCAGCCCAUAGCUAAAAAAACAACAAAAUAUCUUGUGUGUUUCAUUUCCAUUGAAGAAAGUGAAGAGACUUUCCAUAAAUUCUAAAAAAAGAAAAGUAUAGUUAAAGCUUCAACUUUUGUGGCAUAGGAGGAAGAGGUAUGAGGAUUUUUGGGAAGCGCAUAUUUCCAAGACAGAUUGUACUAUUCGCUUCUGGGGUGCUGUUUUUGGGUUCAACAACAUAUGACGUGCACAGAUCCAUAAAGAACAACGAAACGCCAGCUUCAAAGGAGCAAAUCCAAGAAUUUGAAGAUUACAUUAACUCUGUCCGACGCCCUUCUUAGGCGUCCUUCUAUUUUUAGGUGCAUAAUACGCCACGUAUUCCUCUUAAUUGUGUACCUAAUAGUUUAUGAAAAGACAUGUUGUAAUUUACCUUAGUAUUAAUUUUUUACCUUUUAGUGUGGGAAUUAUUGUGAUAAUUGAGAAUUGAAACAGAUUUUAGGUAAUUGUAAUAGUCUUUUUUAUCUAUCUAUCUAUCUAUUUUGUUGCCUAAUUUAUAUCGUGA